UGCAAUCCUGAGACAGAUUCAUUGAGGAGGAAGGAACGUGUGAAGCAAUGUCCACAGCAAACUGAAAAUGGAGACAAGGAAGGACAAAAUGCAGCUUACAGCCGGCCCCGAGCUUGUUUAAAGGACAGUGGCGUUCCUGGGGCUAAUCACUUUGCCUUUUAUCAGGAUGAGUUCUGAGGAAGAAGCCUCAUCACCCAGCUCAGUGGCAUCAGCCCUUGCACUUCUGACAAUAAGGAAAUAUUGAGAGUGAAAACCGAGUUGUUAAACAAUAAAAUUAAAUAAUUAUGGAACUCAGGGCUGGGAAAAUUGAGCCGACUCACCCCAUCUGGCUGCUCCCCCGGGAACAGCCGCUCUCCGCGCCGCCCGGGACCUGAGCUUCGGCCAAACCGCUCUUCUUCACCACGUGACCGCCGCAGUUCCAUGGACCAAACACAGAGAAGAAUGCUGGACCAGCCCCUUUCCAUCCCCACUGCCCAGCCCAAGAAGAAAAGGACAUCAGUGAUAUCUUUCUUUUCCAAGGUCUCUUGGAAACUGAGGCUCCAGAAGCAGGAGCCUUUGAAGAAUGUGUUUUUCAACUUGGCAGAGAGAGUCUGGGACUCCAGUGUUAAAAAGCGUCAUAUGGCAACGAGAAGCCUGGGAACUAUGGCCUGUGAGACCCCGGACAAGGUGAGAAAGUAUAAAAUGAUUGUCCUGGACCUGCUGGUGCAUGGACUGUAUGACCCCGUGAGUUCUGAAGUCAUCCACGAGAGCCUGAAGACCCUGACCAUCAUCCUGGGCAAGAUCCAGGGGAAAGGCUUGGGCUCCUUCUUCAUAGACAUCACCCUUCGGACCAGGACUUUGUUAGAUGACGCUUGCAAAACAACUUUUCGAGCCUGUUCUCCGUAUCUGAGACAAAGGAAGGACUACAGCUUCCAGAGUGAAGAGGAUCAAAGGAACCCUAAACUCUGCCGGCAGCUGAGCCACUAUCAUCCAGAGCUCCUGCAGUUCUUCUAUGCAAAUAAAAUCCUGUAAACACAGAGCAGCAGGGAAAUGGUUCUAGUGAACACAUUGCUGGGGGCUGAUAUUCCCCCUUUUAACUCUUUGGAUACUUCUGCUGCUUCUUGUGAUUAUGAAAGAAAAGGGGAUGUUGGGAGAGCAAUUGAUGGCAAAAAAUAAUACUGUGGAAUUGUAUAAUUACACCCAAAGUAAAUUCUAAAUAGCUUUUGUAUGUCUCAUUUUCUCCCCACACAAAUUUGAUGAGAAGGUGCAUACUUUAAAACAUUUGAAGUAUAUGUAGAUU